AUGGGCGUAGUUAAUCUCUCCAAGGCGUUCCUAGACUAUAAUCACCACUUAGCGCAGCGCCGCGCCGGCCGCAGCAGCAAGAGCAAAGCCCUGGUUCUUAGACUCAGCAAAGAGCGAUUCCAGGAAGGGUGGGAGUUAGGAGAGGGGCGGACUAUUAAGGACGAUAUAGACCUGCGGUACGGCGCGGGGAUGGACGCGGAGUUUAGUAUCACGGAGGACGGGAGAGGCGUGUUUUCCGGAUACGUGUUCACGCGCGGGGGGUAUGUGGAGGCGAAGAGACGGAUCGCGCUUCCAGAGGGAUUGUCGUUUGGACGCUUCGAGGGUCUGGUGUUCCGGUUCGUGUCGGACGGCAAGCCAUACUCGCUGGUGCUGCGUGUGGCGAGGGAUGGGACGCGCGUGGAGAGAAUGGGGGAGGAUGGGGAGAUUUUGGUGGAAGAAGAGGAGGAGGUGGAGGAGGAGGAGUAUGAGUAUGUGGCUGUUGUUAAGACAAGGAAAAGGCAGAACACGAUCCGCGUCCCCUUCUCUGCCUUCCGCGCAUCAUCCCCGUCUGACCCGCCGCUUGAUCCCACUCUCAUCUCUUCCCUCGCUCUGCGAUACGAGCAGCGUCGCGCGAAACCAUCCGUGGCAGCGCCCCUGCCACCGGGCCGGGCGGCAUCCAAGGCCGGCGCAGAAGGGGACAACGCCGCCGCCCCUGCCGACCCAAACAGCUUCAAGCUCGCUCUGCAAUACGUCAAGGCCUUUCCUGUGAGUGUCUGUGUAAGGGAAGGAAAGAUAAUGAAGGGCGUGGGGGACGGGGAAGGGGAGGGAGGUGCGCAGGGAGGAGAGGAGACGGACUUUGUGUUGGUGUCAUGUUCAGGAGCAGGAGUGCCGGAGGAGAGGAGAGAGACCGUUGUCAAGGCCAAGAUGGCAGCAGAGACGUAUCUGCGCAACAGCGGGCUGGGAUACACCAUAGCAGCAGAGACGCAUCUGCGCAACAGCGGGCUGGGCUACACCAUUGUGCGCCCAGGGCCGCUGCUGGAGGAGCCGGGGGGGAGGAAGGCUCUGGUGUUCGACCAGGGGAACAGAAUCACGCAGGUGGGUGUGUGUGGUGUGAUUGUUCAUGGGUGUAGCGAGUGGACGCGUGAGAUCUGCUAUGAGUAUACAGACAAUGCGGGUCUAUAUGAACUGGUGGCACAUUUACCUGAUCGAGCCAACAACUACCUCACACCUGCCCUCGCCCAGCUGGAAAAGAACACUUGA